GCUCUUCAGACAUACCAGACCAAUCCUGCCAUGAGAAAGAUGCUAACUCAGCUGUAUUUCUAUAUCAUGCCUGUAUUUAAUGUGGAUGGAUAUCAUUUUAGCUGGACAAAUGAUCGAUUUUGGAGAAAAACAAGAUCAAAGAACACAAGGUUUCGGUGUCAUGGUGUUGAUGCUAAUCGCAACUGGAAAGUGAAAUGGUGUGAUGAAGGUGCUUCAUUUCACCCAUGCGAUGACACCUACUGUGGUCCCUUUCCUGAGUCUGAGCCUGAAGUAAAGGCUGUUGCUCAUUUUCUCCGCAAACAUCGGAAACAAAUAAAAGCCUAUUUGUCCUUCCACGCGUAUGCACAGAUGCUGCUGUACCCUUACUCUUACAAAUAUGCAACUAUUCCAAACUUCAGCUGCGUGGAAUCAGCAGCCUAUAAUGCUGUUAACGCUCUUCAGUCAGCCUAUGGUAUAAGAUACAGAUAUGGUCCUGCAUCUAGCACUUUGUAUGUGAGUUCUGGUAGCUCUAUGGACUGGGCCUACAAAAACGGCAUCCCCUACGCGUUUGCGUUUGAGCUGCGUGACACUGGCCAUUUUGGAUUUUUACUUCCCGAGACGUUGAUCAAACCAACCUGCACAGAGACCAUGCUUGCAGUUAAAAAUAUAACUCUUCAUCUGCUGAAGAAAUGUCAUUGAGAGCUAUUUCUAGGAGCUGGAAGUGAGCAUUCUACUCCCAGUGCUGCUGCCGCCUUUCAGUGUGUUCAGUUGCCAUUCUAAGCUUGGCCACUUCAAAAUUACAGAAGCUAAUGGGAAAUACGGUAUUGUUUCUACCAGAUUGACUUGGUGGGAAAGGAAAAAAUC